UGGUUCUUUCGUUCGAGUCUGAGGGAUAGGUGGAGCAACUUCCCAGCCGGCGCUUCAGCCCAUCCCACGUGUGGACCUCUGCCACAUCCAAAUGAGAAGGGGAUCUCGUGAACCGCAGCUGCUGAGUCAGAGCGACAUCGAUGCUGCCGUCGCAGAUCUGCUUUCGUCAUCGGACGAGGCCUUCACAGCGGCAGCGCUGACAUUGGCUCGUGCGUGUAUCAAUAAAAGGCUCAGCAGACAGGAGGCCCGAGGUCUGAUCGCCCGGCUCCUCGAGGACAAGGAUGGUCUUCGCCGCACACUGGCGCGGCUGGUGGAUGACGGAGAGAAGGAGUCUCAGCUGGCUGUGGCCGAUCUGCUGCUCUGCCUCGCAGUGGAGAUCAAGCCCGCUCUUGCAGCUUUGCAGCCAUCUCAGCUGGUCGAUGUGGCUGCUGUUGUUGUGGAUCUGGUUACAUGGAGGCACAUAUCAGCAGAUGGCAGCAGCCGCUGUUAUGGGCCCGACGAGAGCCUGGCCGUCAAACACGGCCUCAAAGCUGAUGCUGCAGCGGAUAUCGUCACGCUUGUGCGGCUGGGGCUUCUUAUCGCGGCGCUUCAGGCUCUGCGUGAGGCUGCACCGCAGGAGGGCGCUUGUCUCCGGGACUUACUGCUCGCCGGCCACCAGACGACCAUCAAGCAGUGCCUGACCGUCACGCGUACCGACAUCGAGGGGUCUGUUUCGAGGACGGCGUUUGAUGUCUUGAAAUCGCUGCUGCUGCCGUUUACGCCGUCGCCAUCUUCACCAGAUGCGGAGGAUCCCGCCCCCAUUCCCCUCCAGCUGUCCCUCCCCUUGUUUACACUCCUGGUCGACCAUGUGGUGGAGCUGGCGGAAGGGACGACCCUCAUGCACGCACAGGGGUUGCUGAUGGCGCUGGAGCUACCUGGUCUGGUUGCCCGUGCAGCUUCGUGGCGGCAGGACAGAUGUAAGUUGAUGAGCAAGUGACCGGCCACCACUCAACCUUGUCGUCUUCUAUGUGUGUGUGUCCGUCCAUCAGCUCUGCGCGAGAAGGAUGUCAAGCGGCUGGUCAGACAACACAUUUACCCACAUAUGGAGACGCUUUUGGGCAUCAUCGCCUCGGCACAAGGAGGGAUGUUGGCUGUGGGGACGGCCACAGUGGGUGCCAUUAGUGAAUUCAGCGGGCAGUGGGACUCUCCUACCCAUGUCCCCCGCUCGUCGUGCCGGCCGCUGCUUGACAAUCCCUCGCUGAUCAUGACGGCCAUUAAAGCGGCCAAUGCCAUUGUCGGCCAAGACGUCGAGCUACCGCCAUAUGUCUACACCACAAUGCUCUUCGUGGGGAAACUGUCAUUAACC